GGGCCAGGCGGGGCGGGGCCGUGGGCGGCUGCUGUUUGCUCGGACCCGGCGUCCAGGCGCGCCUGUGUCCCCAGCCCGCGGAGCCGGCCUCGCUUGCGCCCAUCCCAGCGCCUACCGUACGGUUGGACUCCGGCGCCUCGGCCCGGCCGGCGAACGACCGGCACGCGCGGAAACGCGGCUGGUCCUCUCUUUAAAGGAAGUGAAAUCAGAUGGAUGUUGGUGAGUACCCCCACGGCAACAGUUGCUUCAUUUCAUUGGUUCAGAGUGAACUAUAAUCUGGAAGCCUCCCUUAGGUCAUUCCUGCUUCUGGGAUCCAGCUGUAUGUUGUGGUUAAGAAAUUGUGUCACGUCAGACAGAGUGAAUCACAAGACAGAGAUAUUUACAUAUUAUAUACAUAUUUCAUUAGAUUUCAAGAAUGAAGAGGAACAGUUUAUCUGUUGAGAAUAAAAUUGUCCAGUCAUCAUCAGCAGCGAAACAGCCAAAACUUGGGUUCUACUCUUCUCUCAACCAGAGUCAUAUGCACACGGUUCUUCUAGAUUGGGGGCAUUUGCCUCACCACGUAGUAUUACGAAUUUUUCAGUGUCUGCCUUUACUAGAUCGGGCCCGUGCAUCAUCUGUAUGUAGGAGAUGGAAUGAAGUUUUUCAUAUUCCUGACCUUUGGAGAGAGUUUGAAUUUGAACUGAACCAGUCAGCUACUUCAUAUUUUAAGUCCACUCAUCCUGAUCUCAUUCAGCAGAUCAUUAAAAAGCAUUCUGCUCAUCUUCAGUAUGUCAGCUUUAAGGUUGACAGCAGCACUGAGUCAGCAGAAGCUGCCUGUGAUAUACUCUCUCAACUGGUAAAUUGUUCCAUCCAGACCUUGGGCUUGAUUUCAACAGCCAAGCCAAGUUUCAUGAAUGUGUCAGAGUCUCAUUUUGUGUCAGCACUUACAGUAGUUUUUAUCAACUCAAAAUCUUUAUCAUCAAUCAAAAUUGAAGACACACCAGUGGAUGAUCCUUCAUUGAAGAUUCUUGUGGCCAAUAAUAGUGACACUCUAAGACUCCUAAAAAUGAGUAGCUGUCCUCAUGUUUCAUCUGAUGGAAUUCUUUGUGUAGCUGAUCAUUGUCAAGGCCUUAGAGAACUGGCAUUGAAUUAUUACAUCCUAACUGAUGAACUUCUCCUUGCACUCUCAAGCGAGACUCACGUUAACCUUGAACAUCUUCGAAUUGAUGUUGUGAGUGAAAAUCCUGGACAGAUUGCAUUUCAUGCUAUUAAAAAACACAGUUGGGAUGCACUUAUUAAGCAUUCCCCUAGAGUUAAUGUUGUUAUGUACUUCUUUCUAUAUGAAGAGGAAUUUGAGAUGUUCUUCAAAGAAGAAAUCCCUGUUACUCACCUUUAUUUUGGUCGUUCAGUCAGCAAAGCGGUUCUAGGACGGAUAGGUCUCAACUGUCCUCGACUGUUUGAGUUAGUGGUGUGUGCUAAUGGUCUUCAGCCUCUUGAUAAGGAACUUAUUUGUAUUGGUGAACACUGUACAAACUUAACAGCCUUGGGCCUCAGUGAAUGUGAAGUUAGCUGCAGUGCCUUCAUCAAGUUUGUAAGACUGUGUGGGAGAAGGCUAACACAUCUCUCUAUAAUGGAGGAAGUUUUGGUCCCUGAUGAGGAUUAUAGCCUAGAUGAAAUUCACACUGAAGUCUCCAAAUAUCUGGGAAGAGUGUGGCUCCCUGACAUGAUGCCUCUAUGGUAAUUGGCUACCAAAGAUUCUGAAGUUGUUGUUGGUGUUGUUUUUUAAAUCAGUAUAAUUAGCUGCUUUCUAUCUAAGCAAAUAUAAAUUUUAAGAUGUGUUGCUGCAAUGUUUUAAGUCAAAUAUUUUAUUGUUUGCAAACUGUCUUAAUGAAUUGCUGCAGAAACGUUUGAAAAAAAUAAGAAAUUUGAAAAGCAAGAAAUUGCUGUAAAUAGGGCACAGGCACUGUAUGUGGAUAAGCUGGUUGAGAUGCUAAAAGCUACAGACAAUUUCUAAGUAAGAUUUCUCAGCUUUUCUUGAAGGCAUGUUUUGGCUUGUUAAGUAAAUGUGUAAUACUGAACUUGGAUUCCUUAAGUUAUAACAUUUACUUUAUUACAUUGUUUUAUUUGAUUCUGUUUUGUCUUGGUAUUAAUAUACUUUAUAAAAUACAUAGUAUUAAAAACUAAAUGUAAAAAUCAAGAUUAUAGACACAGAAGCUUAAUUAUAACAUUUCUAGCACUGUAUGAGAUCAUCUUGUGAUUCAAUAAAUAACUUAUAAUUUC